UUUUCUAUCAGGUUUGAAUAACUUGCCUUCGGCUCGGACCUUCAAGAAUUCGGAGCCCCGAGAAGCAGUGUCAUCGAACCCGAGCGUUCCACUGUGGCUUGCUCUUUCACGAUGAAGCAUUGAAUUUGAAGUUGAUUCAAUGGCCGCUCCUAUUCUUCUCAGGCAUUUUCUGCUUCAUCGCCUUCGGUAUCAUAACUACCAACUGUUCACCGCCGGAGCCGUUGCGGCGCCGCACCGGUAUCGGCUGUGGUGCAGUGCCACGUCAUCUUCGGAAGAAGCAAACGAGAAAGCAAGUUGUGUGACCAAUACCCGCACCUCCAAUAGGGACCAGCGAUGGGAUGACCCCGAUUGGAAGAAUAAAAAAGAGGAGAUUCUGAGGGACAUUGAACCAAUCGUUACGCUAACCAAGGAUAUUCUCCAUUCUCCAAGGUACAUGGAUGGGGAGCAACUAACUGUCGAGGAUGAGAGAGUUGUUGUAGAGAAGCUUCUUGCUUACCAUCCACAUUCUGAAGAUAAGAUUGGAAGUGGUGUAGAUUCCAUUAUGGUUGAUCGUCAUCCCCAAUUUGGAAACUCAAGGUGUCUUUUUGUUGCAAGAACUGAUGGUGGCUGGAUCGACUUCUCCUAUCGGAAGUGCCUUCGGGAAUACAUUAGAUAUACGUACCCAACUUAUGCAGAAAGGUUUAUUCAAGAACAUUUUUAGCGUGGGAGUGGUUGAUAUGUAUGUAUUGGAUAUUGAUUGUCAAUGGUAGUAGAUAAUCAUUGAAUGGGAUAUCUAGGCUUAUUUGUGAAGGGAACAUAGAAAACGAUUGAAGUGAACUUCAGUUUGUUGACUUGUGGAACCCUUGGUGUUGCAGAAAUUCAUGAUUAGGUAACUUGAAGACAGAAAGGAACGAUGUCUUUGUUGAUUGACCGCCUUUAAUAUAGUGGAGAAUUUACUAGUAUUCAGGGUCCUCUUACGGCAUUUUCUUAAUGUUGCUC